CAUUGUGCAGAAGAACCUUGUUUAGCAGACUUGUGCAUGGACGGUUAGGCGUGACUGUUACAGAGAUACAAGCAGACUCAGUCUUGACCAGCAGAACUGAGGCAGCUACACAGAUGGAAACCACCAUACUUGUUGGACAGGAUACUGUCAGCCAUCCCAGUAAAGACAGUGUAGCUCACACAGAUGACACAUCAAAUACCCAAAGUUCCUCCAGUCUGGAGAGUCCAGUGUCAAAAGAAGAGAAGGAUAAACGAUUGGACUCUGAGGAAAGUGGACAGAAUACUGUCAGCCAUCACAGCAAAGAAACUGUAGCCCACACAGAUGACACAUCAAAUACCCAAAGUUCCUCCAGUCUAAAGAGCUCAAAGUUAAAGAAAGAGAAGGAUGAACAGUCAGAUCAAGACAAAAGUGGACAAAAGUCUGUCAGCUGUCACAGUGAAGAAACUGUAACUCACACGGAUGUUGAACCAAAUGCACAGAGUUCCUCCAGUCUGGGGAGCCCAAAGUCACAGGAAGAGCAGGACAAACAGUCUGGCCCUGAGGAAAGUGGACACAAGUCUGUCAGCCAUCACAGUGAAGAGACUGUUGCUCACCUAGAUGAUCUGACAGUGAAGACAGAUCAAGAGUUGGACCAUGUGGACCAUAAGAAAAGUGGACAGGAGAAGGAAACCAAAAAUAUGAAUGUACAGAUCAGCCAGGAACAGGAAGAUAAAAAGUCUGAAAGUGAAGGGACGAGGGAUCAAGCUUUAGAAACCCAGCAAGAGACAAACACUAAAACAAAAGCAAAAUCUGAUCAGAAGGAUGAAGAGGUGAAGAUCAUGCAUGCGACAAUGCACCAGAAUGUAGACAUCCAGCAGAUAUCUGAUGGAUAUUUAGAGAAGGCUGAAAAAGUGGAAGAAGGAAACGUAGAUGAGAAAAAUGUAGAAGACAUGGAGCAUCAGACUGAGCAGGAGAUGUCAGAAGACACAAAGUGGGAAGAAACUGAAGAAAUGGAGCAAGAGCCAUCAGAAAAGAAUGAACAGAAGGAACAGGGUUGUUCUGAUGGGACUGUAAAGCUGGAAGAGAAGGUAAAUGAUGACUCCUCUCCUGAAAGACCAAUUGAUGGUGAUGAUACAGAAGAGAGGAUGCAGGUUGUCAGCCCAGAAACUCAAGAGGCUCAAGAUUUAAAGAAUGAAAAUAACGAACCUGUACUUCCACCCGGACAAUCAUUUAAGUCUGUAAUCGUGCAUGAGAAAACAGAAACUCCUCCUGCUUCCAGUUCUCCAACAGUAAAGGUCAAAGAUGAGCCGAUGGACGAGGAGUAUGAGAAAGCUCUUGGUCCUCAGUCAACAACUGGACAUGUUAAAGAUGAACCAGACAUGGCUGAUGAAUUUGGCCAGAAGACCUCAGAAAUGAUCAAGAUCAGUGCAGUGUUUUCUGUUGGAAAACCUGCACCUUCAGUUGGGAAGAGCUCCGGGACGGGUUCUCCAGCUGGGACAAAUCCACCCUCCAGCACCUCAGCCAGCUCUUUGUGCGUGGCGUGUUCAGGGUGUAAAAAAGUGUUGCUUAAGGGCCAGACGGCAUUUCAGCGUAAAGGCUGCUCUCAACUCUUCUGCUCACCACGCUGUCUGUGCACCAGCACCUCCACUGAACAAGCCCAAAAGAAAAGCUGCUAUUACUGCCACAAGGAAAUUUCCAACCCAAAGGACGUCAUCAUGGCCCCCGUGGACUCUGCAGGGACAGUGAGGAAUUUCUGCAGUCAGAAAUGCCUCAGUGGGUUUAAGUACAAGAGGGACGGUGUAAACCCUGCACUCAUCUCUGAGCACAGUGCAGGAAAAUGCAGCAUGUGCCAAAAAGUCGGUGCUACUAAGCAUGAGGUGAACGUAACGGGAAGCGUCCACAAGCUGUGCAGCAACAGCUGCUUCCACCAGUUCUGCUCCACCAAUAAACUCAAUAUGAACUGCUGCUGCCACUGUGGAGGCUACUGCCACAAUGUAGAUGGCAAGAGUGCAGCCUUGAUCAUCGAUGGCACCGUCAAGAAGUUCUGCAGCCAGAUUUGCCUGAUUGCCUACAAAUCAAAGUAUGCAAAGCCACUGCCCUGCACGAUGUGUCGGGGGUAUCGUACCCUGUUGGAAAUGGUGGAAAGCCCAAACGCUGAGGGCAACAAAGAGCUGUUCUGCUCCUCAUCUUGUGUGACAGAACACAAAGUUCAAAUAAUCAGCGCUUCAGGUGAUGCCCUAGAAUGCCACCAGUGUAAUCAGAUUACCGUUCCUCAGUACCACCUCGCCAUGUCUGACGGAAACAUUCACAACUUCUGCUCCUUCACCUGUGCUGUAGCAUUUCAGGAUGGCUUUAGUAAGACGAACUCUGGCGCUACUCCUCUAAACAUGAUUCAAGCGAAACCUACAUCUACAUUACAGUCUGGAUCACCGGAGUCCAGUUCAACUGUAACCAGUAGCGUCCCAUCAAUGACCAGAAUCCCCUGCUCUCAGUGUCUGCGCUUAUUCUUCAGCAAACCUGAGCUGCUGGAGUUCAAGGGAAAGAUGUAUUUCUUCUGUGAUAAGUCUUGCAUUGAUGAGUUUCGGAGGACCAAUUAUAUCAUGGCGCAGUGUGUGUACUGCAAAAUCGACAAAGUGGUGAAGGAAAUUAAGAGGAUCAACAAUGUGGACUGUUCCUUUUGCAGUGAAGGCUGUAAACUUCUCUACAAGCACGACCUUGCCAAACACUGGGGAAAGAAGUACUGCCGGAACUGCCUUUACUGUGACACCGCCUCUCCGACUGUGGUGACCAGCGUCUUUUCUGGCAAACAAGAGGAGUUCUGUAGCAAUGAAUGUCUUUCACAGUACACAUUGUUAUUUUGUGAGGUGGCUAAAUGCAGUGUGUGCAAGCGGGCCAGGAAGUUGAACGAGUCUGUAAAGUGGCUUGGCGAAAUAAAGCACUUCUGUAACCUCCACUGUUUGACGUACUUCUGUAGCUUAAAUGGUUGCGCUGCGACCCCGAGUAAACCCUCCACCAAAGCACAAGGAACAGUACCUUCUGUUGGGAAGCCGAUUGGUACUGCCAGCACGCAGACGGACGGUGCGAGACAGAUCAAUGUUUCGAACAGAGGCCUAAAGAACAAAGCUCUGCUCUGUAAACCCAUGACCCAGAACAGGGGGACAGCCUGCAAACCCAACACCUCAGACAUGAACACACAAACAGAUGAGGUCACACCCAAGAUGAUGUUGUUUCCACUGCCAGUACCAGUGUUUGUCCCGCUGCCUAUGCACCUCUACACACAGUAUACUCCACACUCAUUUGGAUUUCCUCUGCCGCUACCAGUGCCCAUGUUUCUGCCGGUCACUGUGGACAACGUUGAGCGAUUAAUGGAGACCAUUCAGGAAAUCAAAGAGAAGAUUCCUGAAAACCCGCUGGAAGCAGAUCUGAUCAUGAUGGCUGAGAUGGUGGCAGAGGACAGUGAGAAGGAGAAAGCUGUCUCCCAUGGAGACCAGGAAGAAAAUUUCAUAGAAGACUUCGAUCUGGAAGCCCUGUCUAGCCACUUCAGCUGGGACGAAGAGAGCGUUUCCAGUGCUUCUCGAUUGGGUCGGGGCUCGGAGUCUGAGAAAGUGGCCCCUUCAAGACGAAGGUCACCCAGUCCACCCUCACAGGAACCACAGAUGGACCUUGAGGCAGAUUUCCCAGUCGAGAGCUUUGAUCAGCCUGUCCAAAAAAGCACAACUCCAGCUGCUACCAAGUCGAAAAGCCGCAAGAAAAGCCGUGAAUCCUUCUCUCAGAGAAAAAAAGGUCACAAACAUGCAGAAAGUCCUUCACGAAAAGCCGCUUCGCAGAACAGCUCCAAACUCUACAAUGAUUACGGUGUACAAGCCUGGAAGAGCUGGAUACACUGGAGGAACACCCAGACCAAUAUAGAGACCCCCAAAUUUGGCUCACGGAACAUCAUGUUGAAGGAGGACCUGUUGCAGUGCAGCACAGCCGAGUUAAGCUACGGUCUCUGUAAGUUCGUCAACGAAGUAAAGCGUCCUAAUGGAGACCCGUACAGUCCGGACAGCAUCUUUUACCUCUGCCUAGGCAUUCAGCAGUAUCUUUUUCAAAACGGCAGAAUGGAGAACAUCUUUGCUGACUUCUUCUACAGUAAUUUCAGCCAUACUAUAUCCAGUUUACUGAAAGGAUGGAAACCCACUAUACUACCCAGUGGUUACAUGCACUCCCGGGUAGAAGAGGAGUACCUGUGGGAGUGUAAGCAGCUGGGUGCGUUCUCUCCGAGCGUACUGCUCAACACUCUGCUCUACUUCUGCACCAAGUUCUUCAGCUUUAAGACGGUAGCUCAGCACCGCCGCCUGUCCUUCGCCCACAUCAUGCGCUGCAGUCGUACCAACAGCAGCGGCGACAAGAGGUCCUGCCUCCGCUUCUACCCACCCGUGCCCAAAGACACCAAAAGUGCACCUAAAUCAAGUAAAGAAAGUGUCCCAGCCAAGAGAAAGCGAGAAGAGGAUGAAGAUGAGGAGGAAGGAGCAGUGCUGGAGAUGAAGGAGAAUUUAGACAAUCCACUUCGUUGUCCUGUCAGACUCUAUGAGUUCUACAUCUCUAAAUGCUCAGCCUCGGUGAAGCAGCGCACCAACAUCUUCUUCCUGCGUCCCGAGCGCUCCUGUGUCCCGAACAGUCCCUUAUGGUUCUCCUCCGAGUCGCUGGAUGACGACGAGCUAGAGAACAUGCUCACCCGCAUCCUCACCGUCCGAGACAUCCACCUGGACAGAGAACCCCCUCGGAGCCUGUCCGAAUCGGACGACGACAACGAUUCGGACUAAAUCGGACCCGAAUACAAACUGUAAAAGCGCUGACCCCGCUGCGGUCGAGCAGGAGGAGGCACAGUGUGUCCUCUGUGAAGGCUUGUUUUUUAAUACACGUCCUUAAAUCCAUUUCAAUGAGCAAUUAAUAAUCAAAGGUGUUCAGAAUGUGGCGUGACAUUUUAAUACCAUCUUGCAAGUGAUUAUUUUGUGCUUACUGGUUAGUUUUUGGUUUAGACCCUCAUGUGUAGCUUUUUAUUUGAUUGAAAAGGUUCCCAUUCGUGUAUAAAUGUAGGACAUGCAAGGAGGCAGAGCACAAUACUACAUGUUGGAUAGCGCUUCUCAGUUCCAUACAUCCGUAAGUGGUUUAAUAUUAGUGUGGAAAAAAAUCAUUCACUUCAUGUGAUGUUCUGCAACACUAAAUUGUUUGUUGAUUUCAAACACACAUUCUUUUUAUGUUUCCAUUUUAGAAGCAAAACACUCAUUAUAUCAUAAUUGUAUUGUUUUUUAAUUGAUAAAGUUUUGUGAAUC